UGCAAACAUUCACAUAAUUUAGCAAACAUGUUCAAAAUUUUCUUUGUUUUAUCCGCCCUCGUUGCUAUGGUGUAUUGCGGUGGUGAUCCAGCCGAUACCCAGGCCACUCUUUUAAAAUACACCAACGAAGUGAAUCCCGAUGGCAGUUACAACUACGAAUAUGCCAGUUCAAAUGGUUUGGAUGUUUCCGAGACUGGUGUUGGUAGUUCGUAUGCCUCGGGUUCAUUUGCCUACACUUCCCCCGAAGGUCAGCCCAUUCAAUUGUCCUACACAGCUGAUGAGAAUGGCUAUCAACCACGUGGCGAUCAUUUGCCCACUCCUCCACCAAUCCCAGAUUAUAUCUUGAAGGGUUUGGCCUAUAUUGAAUCUCAUCCCUUUGAGAAAGUCUCCUUUGCCAAGAAGUAAGUGGGAGUUGGAAGGAAGGCUUAAG